UAUACAACUUAGUUAGCUCAGUAGAUUAUAUUCGCAAUGCAUGCAUCAUCAGAUCAGAUGGCUUCUCAUCAACCGAUCUUAACUGUUCUUCACCAGUCCCAAGUAUCACCUCCUCCGGCCACUAUAGGCAACGCGUCGUUGCCUCUGACUUCGUUUGACAUAUUAUUCCUUCUUCGGCCCCCAAUUCACCAUGUUUUCUUCUAUGAACUAUCGCCAAUCACUAAACAUGAUUUCAUCGAAACUAUAGUUCCGAAACUUAAACACUCGUUAUCAAUCACCCUUCAACAUUUUUUCCCUUUUGCUGGUAACUUAAUCGUGUACCGUGCUAGUACUACUAGUGCUACCGAACCCCAAAUCCGCUAUGUUGAAGGCGAGGAUUCCGUCGAGGUAACUUGUGCAGAGUGUAAUCUUGAUUUCAAAGAUCUUACAGGAAACCACCCUAGAAACUGUGAUAAGUUUCACCAUCUUAUACCACCACUCGGAGACUAUUCUAAACUACUCGUAUCUGAUGAUUACAUAAUAAAGAUCCCAGUCUUUUCGCUUCAGAUUACGCUUUUCCCUGACCAUGGUUUCUCUCUUGGAAUGACUAGCCACCAUUGCCUAGGUGAUGCUAGCACUCAUUUUUGUUUCUUGGAAGCGUGGACAACAAUUGCUAGAUGCGGCGACACAGAUAAUAAGUUAUUCUUAAGGUUGCCAAUUUAUGAAAGAGUAGUUCAUAAUUACCCUGAACUAGAUGAAAGGUUUUCAAAGGGAGCCAAAGUGGAAACUCUUUUUAACGGCGGCUAUCAACCACCUGACCUAUCUAGUAGUGCGAAGAAUAAAGUGCGUGGCACGUUUGUGUUGCCACGCACUAUUAUUGAUCAAAUGAAGAAAAAGGUUUGGACCCAAGAGCCAAGAAUACCAUAUGUAUCAUCCGUUACGGUUACAUGUGCUUAUCUAUGGCGUUGCAUUGCAAAAUCGCGCGAGGAUGAGUUAGAAUUGUUUGCUAUUUUGAUAGAUUGUAAGACACGCUUGGCGGAUAAACCCAUCCCAGAGGCGUAUUUUGGUAAUUGUAUUCUAGGUAGUUUCACGUUAGCAAAAACCACUCUUCUAACCGGAGAUGACGGGUUUAUAAAUGCUGCAAGGUUGCUCGGAGAGAAUCUACAUAACAUGUUAACUGAUAAAGAUGGUAUAGUGGCACAUAGAAUCCGAAUGAUGGAAGAUAAUUCAUCCGCCGGCCGGAUGAUGCCAACAACCAUAAUUGGGGUUUCCGGAUCACCAAAGCUCAAAUUUUAUGAUUUGGAUUUCGGAUGGGGGAAACCCAAAAAGCAAGAAAUUGUUUCCCUUGAUUAUGAUGGAUCCAUAUCGAUUGACACCUGCAAAGAUUCGGACCAUGACUUGGAGAUUGGUGUUUGCCUUACAACUACUGAAAUGCAAACUUUUGUUCGUACCUUCAACCAAGGAUUACAACACUAUCGAUCUUUAGUACGUACGUAGAUUUCCCAAGUUAUUACUUUUAGUAACAAAUUAAAAAUUUUGUCAGAUUUUUAUGUGUGUAAAAAUAUAUAAAAAUAAACAUUGUGUAUAAA